AGACCUUUAAUUUGAAAAGAGGAGAUGUUUUCCGGAAGUGACGAGGUCAGCUGACUGGUGUAGUUUCGCAGCUGCGCGGUGGUUGUCAGCUGACAGAUGUUGUCUGUCUCGGUUCGUGCGUCUGUGAAUCACAAACACCUGCUCGAUCAGAGCCGAUCGACGCGAUGAGUGCUGGCACACUGCGAUCACUGGCCUCGUCCGGGCAGAGAGCCCUCCAGGACAUCAGCCACCCUCUGUCCGCCGAGGAGAGCGCGCUGAGCCGCAGCCCAGAUGUGCUGAACCCCAGCAGCGCUGGAGAGAGGGACCUGAUCCUGGCCAAUGGGACUCCAGUAGACACAUCAAGCCCCGCCUCCUCUUCAUCUCUGCUGAACCGACUACAGCUCGAUGACGAUCUGGACGGAGAAACACGAGAUCUGUUUGUGACUGUAGACGACCCCAAGAAACACGUGUCUACUAUGGAGACAUACAUCACCUACAGAGUCUGCACAAAGACCACCAGAACAGAGUUUGACCUGCCUGAGUACUCAGUAAGACGGCGCUACCAGGACUUUGACUGGCUGAGGAACAAAUUAGAGGAAAGCCAACCCACCCAUCUUAUUCCACCGUUGCCUGAGAAGUUUGUGGUGAAGGGCGUUGUGGACCGCUUCUCAGAGGAGUUUGUGGAGACCAGGAGAAAGGCACUAGACAAGUUCCUCAAACGUGUAGCGGAUCAUCCGGUGCUCUCUUUCAAUGAACAAUUCAAUGCCUUUCUCUCAGCAAAGGACCUGAAUAAGCGUCAAGGCAUGGCUCUGCUGACUAAAAUGGGGGAAUCUGUGAAGUAUGUGACGGGGGGUUAUAAACUGAGGGCACGGCCGGUGGAGUUUGCCGCCAUGGGAGAAUAUCUGGAUGUGUUCACACUGAAACUGGGCACCAUUGACAGGAUAGCACAGCGAAUUAUCAAAGAGCAAUCAGAGUUCCUGAUGGAGCUGAGAGAGUACGGGCCGGUGUACUCCUCCUGGUCAUCUUUUGAGGAGGACCUCCAUGACCCUCUGGAGGGGGUGUCGGGGUGCGUGUCCAACUGCUCCAGUGCUCUGGAGGAGCUCACGGAGGACAUGAGCGAAGACUUCCUCCCUGUGCUCAGAGAAUACGUCCUGUACAUCGAGUCCAUGAAGAAUGUGCUUAAGAAGAGAGACCAAGUUCAAGCUGAAUAUGAAACAAAGUUGGAGGCAGUCGUGUUCAGGGAGGACAAAAAGACCCCGGUGUCCUCUGACGUGGAGAAGUGCCAGGACCGUGUGGAGUGUUUCAACGCUGACCUGAAGGCCGACUGGGACCGCUGGCAGAACAACAAGCGGCAGGACUUCAGACAGCUGCUGACGGGCAUGGCCGACAGAAACAUCCAGUACUACGAGAAGUGCCUUGCAGCGUGGGAGUCCCUCAUUCCUCUCUUACAGGACAAACAGGACACGAAAGGAGAAACGAACUGAGUGUGUGUUUGAGCCCUUCUCUCGGCUCGUGAUGCUGCGAGCAGGCUGUCCUCGACUCCUCGGACCUGUCCUCCGCCAGCAGAGCUCUCACAGGAUGGGACACUACAGGAGCGGAUGACCUCCAACCAUUCCUUUUCGUAAAGUGUCUUUAUUUGUUAAAGCCCAUCAAAUGCUUGUGUUUGGAUGCUGAUCUGUCCAAGGGAACAGAGACAUCAGUGUUUUUUGGUUCACGAGGAGUCCCACCGAAGGUUUGCCAACAUUCCUCUUGCCAAAGACGUGGAACUGAAAUCUCCUUUGCUUUUUUCCAACAUUUGCAGAUUUCUUGGCCUCUGGCAUCACAAAAGCCUUGCACUCGCUCGUCAUACUGUAAACUCAGCUGCUGCGUUGAAAUGAUGGAUGUUUCCCAGCCACACUUGACCUCGUUAGAUAUUUAUGA